AGGUGACGCCGGCGCCUGAUGCUGCUUUUGCAGAGAAUCAGGCUGCGGAGGAGCUGGCGGCUGCUGAUGCGGAGAAGGCUGCAAAGGUGACGCCGGCGCCUGAUGCUUUUGCAGAGAAGGCUGCGGCUGUGGAGGAGCUGGCGGCUGCUGAUGCGGAGAAGGCUGCAAAGGUGGCGCCGGCGCCUGCGGCGGCUGCGGUUGCCGAUGCUGAGGUUGACUCUGCGCAGUCAGAGCUGCUUCAGCUCACUGAGACCGAGACUGGGAGGGACAACCUCGAGACGCUUCUGGAGGAGGCUAUGGAUGC